AUGCCAGCUUUGAAAAAGUUCGAUGCCAACGUGGCUCGCCACGUGAAGCUGAUGAACAAGAACCUCUGUGCUAAUUUAAUACGCCAUGAGUACAUUGUCACCGGCAGAACGAAGGCCAAGAGAGCACAGGCCAAGAUCGAGUCUUUCCUAAGCCAGGCCUUACAGGAAGAGAGACAGAUGGCCAACAUACCCUUGAGGCAGAGAUUCAAGCUCAACAAAGCCUUGAACUACUUGCAACCCGCAGACAAGCAGGAGGUCGGAACCAAGGUGCUCGAAGAGCUCAGCAAGAGAUACACGGAUAGGACGCAUGGAUUCACGAGAGUUACCAAGUUAGAGCCCAGACUCGGCGAAGACAAGGCGCCUAUGGCAAUUUUGGAGCUUGUGGACUCCGACUUUGAGAUCAAGUUCUGGUACAUCGCCAAGACGGUGGCCAGAUUGGAGUUGCAAGGCUUGAAGGUGGAUCCCUUGACACAGCACAACGUUGAGAAAUUGACGCAACUAAGGAAAGACGGCGAGGCCAAGUUCAGGGACGCUGUGGACCAGUGCAAACAAAGAUUCUUCAACUACGACCUCGAGCUGGCUUCCGUCCAGGAAGGAUCUGUGGAGGCCAAUUUGCAGAACAAGCCUGCCGAUGGAGAGGUCCAAGCAGGCACUAAGGCGCCUUGGGCGACCAAGUCGAGGCUCAAUACCAAGCCCAGAGCAGAGAAGAAGAAGGUGGAUCUCCCCAAAUCUCCAUUUUUGGCAUAG